AAUAAAAUUUACAAAAAUGUUUCAAAUUGAAUAAUCUUCAUCGCAAUCACAUGGGACCUGGCAGCAUUUGGCAGAGUGUUAGAGAAAGAACAAUUCAAGGCUAUGACAAAUGCCCAAUAUUUUAAGAUAAGGUAAAGCAACGGUUAACACAUGAUUUGCCACGUGAAAAAGCGUUUAUCUGAUUACAGUUACGUUUUCUUUGAAGACAAACCAAAACCCCAAAAGCAUCAUUUAUCUGUUUCUCCUGGCUCACGCCAUUCUUUCUUUCUUCUACGUUUCUGUAAUAAGGUCUCCUUCAACAUAAGGCGAGUGAUUGAAAUUAGCAUACAGCAUAAGCAGUUGGUGAAUCGAGAUCAAAUGUCCAGCCCAGUCGCAGCCAUGGCUACAACUAAGUUGUAUAUAGUGUAUUAUUCGUUAUAUGGUCAUGUCGAGACAAUGGCAAGGGAAGUGCAACGGGGGGCUAAUGCAGUUCAAGGUGUUGAAGCAACACUUUGGCAGGUAGUUUUAUUACGACUUGGUUGUAUUCAACAGGUUCCUGAGACACUAUCCAGUGUAAUACUGCAAAAGAUGAAGGCACCUGGUAAAGCAAAUGAUGUACCGGAGAUUAGGCCAGAACAGCUUAUCGAUGCUGAUGGUUUUCUCUUUGGAUUUCCUUCUCGUUUUGGUGUGAUGGCAGCUCAGUUUAAGGCCUUCUUUGAUGCUUCUCAUGAGCUGUGGGAAUGCCAAGCACUUGCCGGCAAGCCUGCUGGUAUCUUCUGGAGUACUGGUUUCCAUGGGGGAGGCCAGGAGCUUACUGCAUUAACUGCCGUAACACAGUUAGCACAUCAUGGUAUGAUAUUUGUCCCCCUUGGAUACACUUUCGGCAGUGGCAUGUUUGAGAUGAAUGAGGUAAAGGGUGGCUCCUCUUACGGUGCUGGCACUUACGCAGCCGAUGGAUCCCGUGAACCCACCGAGCUAGAGCUCCAACAGGCCUUUCACCAAGGUAAAUAUGUUGCGGAAAUAACCAAGAAACUCAAGAACAAGCCCCUCUCAGCGUAAAACACAGCUCCAAGAAGCUGUACUAUAGAAUCUGACAAUGCGAAAGUCAACUUGAAAGGUUAUCUCCACAGCACCAAACAAACAAAGACAAAUAAACUUUGAUAUGGUCAUUGGCAAAGAGGAGGAUGGAUCUUUUGCAACUUGAUUAACUAUGAUUCUCUCACUGUGCUCUGGCCCCUUGUCAGCUUGCAUUCUAUUAUUUAUCCAGCAUCGAGUUAUCUUCUGGUUUGAUUGUUUCAAUGCUCUUCUUCUGUUUGGGUUCAAUUUGUCGCUUUGCAAUCCUGCCAAGAAGCUGCCAUACCUGCUGCCUGCAAUGUAAGAGUACCAAGCCUCAUCAAGUUUUCUGAUCAAUCCUUCACUUUGCCAUCUCUCAGCCUGAAACAUGUCUGCCAUGAGCAUCUUUCUGCUAUGUUUAAUAAAUUAUCCUAGAAAUUGAACUAGUGGGUGGAAUGCAAUGGUGUAUCUAAUCUUCAAUCGAUGUUCCGUACGACAAACUUCGAGAUAUUAUUCCUUUUGCUUGUACUUUA